AUGCGAGGCGCUCCAGUCGUUCUUCUCUACGCCGUGACCUUCGUGUCCGGCAUGGUCAUUACUCCCAGACAUGCUGGUGAAGCUCACAUUGCUGUCCGCGGCGGCGGUGAGGACCACUACGGCGGUCCUUGGUGGGCCGGUGACCAUGGGGAUCACGGUGAUGGCAGUCACGACGGUGGUGGUCACAGUGGCGGUGGUCCCCCAGCGGAGACUCCUCCGCCUGUCGAGACUCCCGCACCUGUUGAGACCUCGACUCCGUGCGAGACCGACACGCCUACCAUUCCCCCGGUCGUGACGCCUAGUACUCCCCCGGUUGUGGCACCUAGUACUCCCCCGGUUGUGACACCUACCUCGACCCCAUGUGAAACUGAUACCACGACCCCACCUGUCGAGACCUCCACUCCAUGUGAGACCGACACUCCUACUUCUCCUCCCGCGACCUCGACUCCAUGUGAGACCGACACUCCUACUUCUCCUCCUCCCACGAGCUCGACUCCUUGUGAGACCGAUACUCCCACUUCUCCUCCAGCGAGCUCAACUCCAUGUGAGACCGGCACUCCUACUUCUCCUCCUCCCGCGACCUCGACUCCAUGUGAGACCGAUACUCCCACUUCUCCUCCCGCGACCUCGACUCCAUGUGAGACCGACACUCCUACUUCUCCUCCUCCCACGAGCUCGACUCCUUGUGAGACCGAUACUCCUACUUCUCCUCCCGCGACCUCGACUCCAUGUGAGACCGAUACUCCUACUUCUCCUCCAGCGAGCUCGACUCCAUGUGAGACCGGCACUCCUACUUCUCCUCCUCCCGCGAGCUCGACUCCAUGUGAGACCGAUACUCCUACUUCUCCUCCCGCGACCUCGACUCCAUGUGAGACCGAUACUCCUACUUCUCCUCCUCCCACGAGCUCGACUCCUUGUGAGACCGAUACUCCUACUUCUCCUCCUCCCGCCAGCUCGACUCCAUGUGAGACCGACACUCCUACUUCUCCUCCCGCGACCUCGACUCCAUGUGAGACCGACACUCCCACUUCUCCUCCCGCUUCUACCACUCCUUGCGAGACUGAGACCCGCACUGGUACGCCUCCUCCAGUUACCCUGACCACCACAUACACCACUACCACCUGCCCAGUGACCUGGAGCACUAUCACGAGCGGCACGUCAACCUAUACCCAUCCUGUGACCCAGACCAGCACGAUGACCGUGACGUCCGUUUCCACCUGCACUGAGGGUUGCACUCAGCCCACAGCCCCUCCCACUCAGGUCACAAUUCCCCCUGUUGUUUCCGCAACUUCUGCGGUGGUGCCUCCUCCGGCUACUGAGUCCAGUGCUCCGGCUACUGAGUCCAGUGCUCCGGCUACUGAGCCUACUGCCCCGGCACAGUCAAGCCCCAUCACUUCUUCCACCUCCGCUCCCCCUGCUUCCUCCUCACCCGCUUUCAACAGUGCUCCAGCUCUCCAGAAAUCUGCUGCGGCCUUCAUUCCUGGCCUGGCUCUUCUGUUUGCUCUGCUCUAA